AUCUGAGGACACAAGCAAGAAUAGGAUUUCAGAAGAAGGAGAAUUAACCAUGCCUUCUUUAUUUUCUGCACAACCAGAAUCAAGUUCAAUUGAAGGGUACCUAUCAGGCUCGACGAAUAUGAUUGGUCUAUUAGAGGAGAAUACAUGUGAUUUAAAAGCGCCUUACGUUUACCGCAUGAGUAGCCUCUUCAAUGGUUAUGAACAAGAGCAGCAACCCCCAAAGCUCAUGCCCGCAGAUAAGUUCAAUAUCAUCUUCAAUGUUGUUUCGCGCUCGAUCAACUCAAACCAUGUGAGGUCCAUCGAAACCUUGCUCCACCAUCGUAAUGAAGUUGGCUGCAGAAUCUUCUUCCAGGAGGAGAAGGGUAAGGAUUUUCUUCGGUUGAACUUAUCCCAUGAAGACUUCCCCAAUGAAUGGCUUGAGCAGAUAAUACAAAGUAUCAUGAGUCAAGUUAAGCAAAUGUUCGAGUUUGAUGAGAGCUUUGCUGUUCUUGAUGGAGAUGAUGAAAAUUCCAGUGAUCCCGAUCAAUCUCGUGUUUUCCGUUUGCAAUUGGAAAUUCUAUUAGUGUGAUUGAGUGGGAUGCCACAACCAAUUUUGACUUCGUGUGUGGGGAUCGCUCUAGGGUUAAUUGAUUUCUACUUGUUUUAUUUGACAACUUUUUCUUUUUUCUAAUUUCUUCAUUCAUAAUAAAUGUCACGGAUUUGUUUACAUUCAUUCCUUUAUUAGUUUUCUUUUUGAGAUGCUUUAUUAGUUUUCUUAUUAAUGGUUAAGAUGUUUUAU